AUGUCCAUUUGUCGCUCUCUUUUCCACCGUGGACACUCUCGAUUUUUACCCAUCCACAUCCACACUCCCAAAACGACGCGUUGGACUCAGCAUGAACUUUCCUCGUCAGCACUGUCAACUCCUAGAAGGACUGCGGAAUACGUCACGAGCACCGUGCCGCGCUCGAACGCGCACUCGAACUCAAACGGACGCGGUUCGAGUGCAGACGAGCCAUCCCCGAGCGACAGUCCACCUUCGAAGAAAACGGAAAAACAACCUUUCGUCAGACUUCCACCCCCUCACAAAUCACUCCCACUGUCCUCAUCGUCGACGACCACUGGCAACAGCCGUAGCCAGGAUCGUCCGCGAAGACGACCACGGGCGGAGAAACGAGGGCUGGAGGAGGAGGACGUUGUCCGUAUCGCGGAGGACGCGCAACGAAGCGGAUCGAAAUCUGCAUUGGAUGAUCUCACAGGCCACAUUUUGGCCAUUCCCGAUCUCAAACGUCGCGCCAAGCUGCUCAACGAGCUCUUGACACUCGGCGCUGUUCCAUCCCAUGACGUUCUCGAUACCCUCGUUCGAUCUCUUUCGACCCUUCCCAACGCGCGACAGUACUUCGAAGCAAUCGGGCGCGUAGUUUCUGCAGUGCUCGAUUCUGAUGACAGCAUCCUCCCUGACCUUGUCAAGACGCUUGCCGAGAGCUUUACUGAACGGCUGAAACAGGUGCAGGAAUAUCCUGGGGCGGGACUUACCCCCGAGUCCGUUCGUCACAUAUUUAGAUUCGUCCAGUACCUCGCGCAGACCCCAGACACCAACCACCAACGACACGCUCUCGCCAUCUUCCAGCAGCUCAUCGAAACACAAUACGUCCCUCCAGAAGCUGUUCACGACGUCGACCUCAGCUCUCAAGCAUUUUCCGCCAUCGUCACCACCGCCCUUGUUCGUUCCUGUAUCUUCUGGAACUGGCGUUCGGACGCAGGUUUCCUUACGAAAAACGUACUACGCGACCUAGACGAACUCUCUCCACCCUUCAUCCACCUCUGCACGGAAGUCAUCUACUCUCUCCUGGAAUACCCCUCUCCACGCGAACUCGCACUCUGCAUAACCAUCGUCCAACGCCUAGGCUACCACCGCACCCCACACUUCUUUCCCGACGGCGUCAUCCGCAAGAUCUACAGCGUCUCUCACGAACUCGACGAAUUCGACCUCGCCCAACGUCUCUACACCUGGACCAUCUCCGACCGCAUCCAGCCCCAACACAAUCACCCCUUACCCCGCGGUCCCUCCCUCCCCUGGCUACUCUCCCGUCUCCUCGUCCGACAAAAACAAAUCCACCUCGGCCGCACGCUCAUCCGCACCGUCGUCUCCUCGCCAGACCCCAUCCCGCCCUCGGACCGCGCACAAGUCAUCCUCCUGGCCGCCGAGCACGGGUUCGCGAGCUACGCGCGGACGCUGUGGGAGAGGUAUAGCGUGGGGAGACACAAAGCGCUCGUGGUGUCGCAUUCGGCUCUGGCGGUGAGGAUGACCAGUUUGUUUUCGAGCUUGGUGAGGACAGAGGCGGCGAGGAGCGAGAAGGCGAGCGAGAGGCGAGCGAGGUUAUUCUCAGAAUCGACGUUACGAGACGAGACUGGUUCUGAGAUGCUCGAUUCUCUCAACAGCACCGAUGACUUCAACGCGAACGAUACUGCAGAAGACGGGAAUUCGGCGCCUGGAGCAGAUCCUGUAGCCUCGAAUAUCGAUACCAAGACAAUACCAGAAGAUCCGGAGCCUAGAUUGGAGCCAGUUGUGGACUCGACACUGGCAUCAUCAACAUCAACAACAACACCGGCCUCGGACUUGGACUUGAAUUCGGACUCGGACUCAGACCCAGCUACAGAUUCAGCAGCGACAGAACCGGACCCAGAAGACGAAGCCGCAGAGGCCAGAAUGGAAGACCUAGUCGCAUUCUCUCGACUCGUCGUCGCCCGCCUACAAGAAUCCAAACUGCCCCUGCGCGAAGCCUCCCACCGGGACCUGAACGCUCUCGCCCGGGUUCACUUCCUCAUCGGCAACGUCGCCGAAGGCUUCGCGGUCUUCCAAGUCCUCCUCAACCGCCACGAGAUCCCGGAUAACUACGACGUCAAUGUCGCGAUGACGGCCAUGGCGGAGUAUGACCACCGACAUGCGGCGAGGAUGUUGAGGACGAUGGUGGUGAGGGGGAUCAUGCCGGAUGGAGUGGCGAUGGGCACGGUGAUCCAUCAUGCGCUGUUGCAUCAGGAUACGAAGGUUAUCAAGAGGUUGCUUUCGCUCGCGAAGGAGCUCGGGUUGCGGUUGACGCUCAAGACGGUGAAUACGCUUAUUAGGGCGAGUGUCACGCUCAGUCGCGACGACCCGGUCGCGUUGAGGGAGAAUUUGAAGCGGGCGCUGGUGAUUGUGGAGGCGAAUUUGCAUGCGAAUAGGUUGCCGACGGUCGCGUUGGGUAAGUUCUGUAUCGUGGAGUCGUUGAGGGCGCAGGAUCCGGAGAUGGCGUAUCGGUAUUGGGAGUUGUUGGUAAAGGGCAAGGCGGAGUGGACGGACAAUGAGCAGCAGUUCCAGAGGAGCAGGAUUGCGAGGAGAAUUGAGAAUAAGGUGGCUAGGGGGGAGAUGGGCCAGCAGGAGGCGUGGGUGAUGUUGAAGGAGUUGAAGUCGCGGAAGAAGCCGGCUGAGGGGUGGCAUGGGGAGAGGGUGAAAUGGACGGAUGAGGAGAAGUUGGGAGAGGAGGGGGCGUGA